AGUCUUUGGUUCAAAACCGGUGAACGCGCGUCACCUUGCGCGCUACAGGACCACUGAGGCUCGUGCACGUGUCAUCAGCUCUGCAGGUCGCAGCUCGAAAACUUCUCGGUUUUUAACGUUUCAGGUGUCAUGAUUUUAUUAGUUUGGACGAGGAGGUCCACCUUAACAUCUGGAGUGCUAUCUGUGCCGUGUGUUCUCCUCACAGGACGGUGAGCUGACGGACGUAGAUUCUGGACGUUUUUCACCUCAGAAAACUUUCCCACCUACAGCUGGGGAAAUAUCUGACUGUUAUCCAUCACUGAUACACCCUGUGGUCAUUUGUGGAUCUUCACGUCAAAUGCCACUUAGAUAUAAGUGGCCUCUAUGGAGACAAAACAUGAGAUUUGCAGCCCUUUCCUCCCACGACGCAACGCUUUGAGGAAAACGAGUGCAGAGAUAGUCAGUGAAGCCAGACAGUCCCUCCGAGUUCAAUCCACCCUCCGACCGUUUACCCCCAGAGAUGCACAAAGACAGCUGUUUGGCAGGAGCUCUGCUCGCACAGAACGGGACAACAGGCCUCCAUCCACAUUCAGUCUUCAUGCUCAAAAUUUUGAUGCUUCCGACUCAAGACCAAGUUCAGGGACUCGACUCGUUCCACUGGACCACAAACCAAAGUUUCCAGUCGAAUGCAAUACUGAGGAUCCAUCCAAGACCUUUCCCAAACCGCCCACUGACCCAGCUGAAGCGAGGAAGGGCCUGGUAGGGUCACGGACACGCCUCCUCAGGGCUGGAUCUCUCACCACAUUACCGCCUUUAGAAGGACACACACAUGUGAAAGAGAGGUUAAAUGCAGUCCCGGGACAAAAGCAGCAGUCAGCUAAAUGGGUUUCCAGUGCAGACCACACCACGGUUCCUCGCAAACCAGGCCCACGCAGAACAGCGAGUGAAAGCAGUAGACUAACGCAGCCUGGUGUUGACUCAGGACCCACAGAAUGCAGAGCAGAACGGAAAACAGAGCUGGUGUAUGGAGACAACACCACGAGCACAGAGGGGAAUGCAGAGUCACUGCUGUGGAAUGAUGUGAUCGCUCCUCUUCUUCAUCAACUAGAGAGUGUGGCUGCAGGCGGCUCCGAGGCCUCGCUGGACCGUCUGUGUGAUUUGUGCGAUGGUCUCCACGGCACCUUGGCAGAAGCGGACAUGCUCGGUCGACGCUGUAAGAGGAGGUCGGGGAUACUUCGAACGCUGUUCCGCCUCAUUGACCUCAACUCUGCCCGGCUCAACCUGCACAUCGCCAAGCUCUGCCUCGCUCUGUGCGUCAGUGGAAACAACCUGCUCAACAUCUGUAAGCUCAUUUUCCAGAUCGGCCGCAGUGAAAGCAACGACAUCCUCUUCCAGAACAACUCUAUCAUCGACUUGUUGCUGGAUGUGCUGUGCAAUGAGGAUGUGCCUGCAUCUGGAGAAGCUCUGCUGUAUUGUGUUGGUACUUUGAAGUUUCUCUCUGGAAACGCUGCAGUGCUCAGACUUCUGCUGGAUAAGAACUGUAUCAGUGCAGCUCAGAAACUCCUCAAGAAGCUCUGCAUAGUAGAAGACACCAACUUCACUAUAGCAGGCCACAUCCUCGUACAGCUGACAGCAACCCUGAGGAACCUUGCUGAUCACCCUGAAUCCCGUCCGCUGUUUGUUUCCUUCUCAAUACUGCCAGAGCUCUGCUUAGUGCUGCGUAAACACUGCAAAGACCAGGACGUCUGCACCAACAUUUCCAGAAUUUACAGUAAACUCUCCUCUUACUCUGAGUGCCGCUUCGCUUUGGCCCAAACCCCAGGCUGCUACCAGCUAUUUUUAGAACUGCUGAGCAAACAUCACCAAAAACAGGACCUUGUCGUGCGAAUUCUCUUCACCCUCGGGAACAUAACAGCCAAAAUCGACGAGUCUCGCCAGCAGCUCUUUCAGUGCAACAGUUGUAUGGACACACUCCUUGGAUUGUACAACAGCUACCAGAGGAAAGAUGUGUCACCUCACACACCCUUGCAGAAGUGUGUCCCUUCCUCAUGCAGGUAUCCCGCUUCAUCCGUAAGCGCGCAGGAAGCUGACGAUGUGCUGGUGAAGCUGGUCAGGGUGCUGGCAAACAUGUGCAUCCACCCGGCUGUAGGUCCACCGCUGGCCAACAACACGACCUGCCUUCAGCUUCUGAUGGAGACGCUCGAGCUGAGGUCUGUGCAGGAAAGCGAGGAGCUGAUGGUGAAUGUAGCCGCAACCAUCAACAACCUGUCCUUCUACCAGGAAGAAGACUCUCCAAUCACACGCAAUGAACUCACCAUCGCAAAGUUGAUGCUCAAGUUGGUGCUCAGCUCCAGUAUGGACGGCAUGCUUGAGGCCACGCGUGUCUAUGGAAACCUGUCACAGUCCAGGGAUGUGCGAGAAUUCAUCAUACAAAACAAAGUGCACCGGUUUCUAGUGACGCUGCUCGACUCCAAGAGUGCUGAGAUGUGUUUUUCAGCCUGCGGGGUCCUCAUCAACCUGGCUCUGGACCCUCCCAGCAGGGCCUGUCUCUCACUAGAGGGGGCUUCUGCCAAGCUGGUAGACUGUCUGAGAGACUUGGGUCCAGGUGACUGGCAGCUGGCGGCUCACGUCUGUCAGGCCAUGUGGAACCUGACUGGUGGCGGCUCAGAGACUCGGUUAGACACUCAGGAGAGAGAGUCGCUGCUGGAGAUGCUCACCACAUACUCAGAUGAAGAGGAGGCCCUGAAGUGGACAGAAAACGAGGAUGUGAGGGACUUCCACAGGGCAUGCUGGGAGUCACAGUUCCUACCUGUUGCUCAAAAGCUGAUGACGGGGCUUCAGUCUCCGGGUUUAACAGCCUGACAUUCUUGGAGAUAAGAGUUUUGUGUGGUCAUGGAACAGUUUUGCUUCUAAAGACACUGAGUUUAUAUUUUAUGAUCAAAUACUCACCUCCUGUGGCUUUGUAAAGGUGGCUGUUAGCGUGUGCAGUUUCCUUUUCAUGGAAAAAACAAGCGAGUUUGAGUUCAUGCGUGACCUUAGUGACGAGCUGUGAAGUCAGAAAAAGUGUCAAGAUUCCCAUAGAAGCUCUCAGCUCCCUCCUGCAGUGUAUAAUCCUCUAAAUAUGCCCAUUAUGCUGCAAUCAGUCAACAUUUUGCCUCCUCAUGACUAACUACUAUAAAGCUGACUGCAGCUGCUGUUUUUCACAGAGGAUGAAGUUACAAACUUUUUACAGCCAGUUUUAAAGCCUGCAGAUGGUCAAUGUGAAACAGUCACAGCCCAAACAAAACACUUCAGGUUUUAAAAAAAACUGAUACAGGUAAUUAUGCAGAAUAUAGGAAGAAGAGUGAAUCUGCACUCAAAAGGUAAAACAAAUAUAUAUGUGGAUGUGUGUACUUUCUAAUGUGCAUGGAUUCAUUUGCAUUUCCAUCUAUAUUUUAUUUUUAUUCAUCAUUUUUCUUCACUCUGUGUCUUCCCAACACAAGCCAUAUUUUUAAAAAAUUUGUGAACAUUAUUUUGAAAUUUCUCAUGCACUUUAACUUCCAUAAAGCUUGCUGAAGCAUGAAUUUCUGGGUAUCUUUACAUAUAAACCAACGAUUUAAAACAAUCUUUUUGCACAUUUAUACAACUAACUUGCACUGUAGGGAAAGUAGACUAUUAUAAAGGUAUCAGAUGACAGACCUGGAUUUUACCUCGUAAGGAAAUGUUUUAUUGUCUGUGAAUUGUGUGAAAUUUGAACUAAUAAAACACAGCAAAGGAAA